AUGUCGAGUUGUCCAGGGAAGAAUUCUUGGCCGGAAUUGGUGGGGCGAAAUGGAGCGGAUGCUGAAAAGGUGAUAGAGAGCGAAAAUACGAGAGUGAAUGCAAUUGUUGUAAGAGAGGGGACCCCCGUGAUUCAAGACUUCAGGUGCGACCGUGUUUGGGUUUGGGUCGAUGGUCGUGGUGUCGUAGUUCGUGCCCCAACCAUCGGUUGA